UCAUCAAUUGCUUUCCUCCUCCUCCUCCUCCUCCUCCUCCUUAGGUUUCUCCUACGACUCGAUAGAAAAGGAUCGAAGCAAAGUGCGCAUGGAAACUGAUUCCAACCACGCUGCUGCUGCUGCUGUUGAAGAUGAAGAAGAAGCUUCACGCGCCGUCCCUCCAUCGACGGCGAAGACAAGAGCCACAAGCUGGUCGGACCUGCUUGACGAUCCCCUCGGCAACAUCUCCGCCCGCCUGCCCCUCAUAGACUACUUGAGCUUUCGCGGCGUCUGCAAGAACUGGCGGCUCUUCCCAUCGGGUUGCUCCCACAUCGCCGAGUUCUCCAAGGAGCGCCCGUGGAUGUUGCUCUACGAUGUCGGCGUCGACGGCGGUAACAAGUGCUACUUGUACGAUCACCUUCAUCCGAAAUGCUGCGAGAUGUCGUUGCCGCACCUCCGGGGCGCAACGUGCAUGGAAUCCAAGGACGGAUGGCUGCUGGCCACCCGGGAGAGGGAGCUGUUCUUCUUCAACCCCUUCUCCACACAGGUCAUCAACCUAGUGAUGUACCCGGAUAGGAAGAGCUCCCACCGACUGUUCACAUUCACGGAGCCUCCGACCUCUCCGGACUGCGUGGUGUUUGCAGUGCACCGCCUCGGCGCCUCCGUGGUGGAGAUCGGCCGGUUCAGUGUGGGCGACGACAUGUGGGAGAGGGUGUUGGUGGAGGACGUGCGGCCUCCUAUCGAGACGCUGGAUGGCAUCGACCACCGGCGACAGUGCGCCGCUUCCUACGACCGCCGCGAUAUCAACGAAUCGGUCGACUUCGUCAGCUCGAAUUUAGUGUUCUCGUUCAGCUUCGAGGAUUUCUUGCUGCGCCAUCGACAUCUGAAUCAUGAUCGGGAGAUACCCGACUCCACUUUCCUCGACGAAUUUGUGAAUCUUCAUCGUGAAGACUGGCUGCGGAGGUCCGGACAGAAGCGCAUCACCGUGUCGUUUAGCUCGCUGCAGAUGAUGGUCGACGACGUCGUGGAUCUUUUCCCCUUCGUUUGUGAGUACGCGGCCGAUGGCACGACGACGACCGACGCAACCAAAUCCAUGAAAGCGGCGUGGUUGGAGCCUCGAUUCCCAUCACGUAGUUGAUUCGAUCGGUGUAGCAGUGGAUUUCAUUCAUGAUUUCUUACUGAGACCUGCAGCUUCGUCAUCAGGAUGCGCUGUGAUGUUCUUUGAAUUGGACGGAUGCUUGAUCAUCAUGGACUUGUAGGGAAUCGGACUGCACUGGUCAAAGAACCA